AUGGGCGCCGUUACGGCUCCAGGUACGCCCGUUAUGAGAGCAGGUCCCCAUGGAGGGCACGUCGUGCGACCAGCCACGACAGUACGCAUGCAGCCGCCACUUCCCGGGUGCGGCAACGGUGGCAUAAUACCCCUGCCGGCCAUGCUCGGUGACCCAAUACUUUCUGGAUCGGCAACGGAUAUUGGCACCGCAGACUACGGCAAAGGAAACGGUGUCGCCAGGUCUAGGGGCUUCGACGGCAGUAUGGCAGGUACGGUUACCGCAGGACAACCUCACCAACAGCAGGGCUCCAUCACCAGCUCGAUUACUCUCCAGCAGCAACGCGUCAGCAAAAAAACCACUCGUGGCCAAUUCACAGCGCGGCCGAGCCUUCUCACGUUCGAGUGUCCUCCAUAUGUUCCCUCCGAGAGCUACGACGACUCGGGCGAGUUUUAUGACUGUGAAAUGGCCGCCGGCGACGACUUCAAACGCCAAAUGGCCCAAUGCCUAGCCAUCUUCCCAGACGUCUCGAAACGCACGGUGCGGCUUGUCCUCAAGAAGUUCGUCGAGAAUUUCCUGGGAUGGAUUCCACUCUUCGAGCCCACGGCCAUCUACACAGUCGUCAACGCGGCAUGUGCGAGCGGGUUUGCGCCCGCCGAUCCCAACAGCUGCCUGGCCAUGUUCAUCCUGGCGACUGGCACGCUUCUCCAGAACCACGCCGAAAUCCGGUCCAGCCCGCUGCCGGGGCUUGACUACUUUUCCCACGGCAGCCACAUGCUGGAGCGGUUCACAUUCAUGAGCGCCGGCCUCACGACACUGCACUGCCGCAUCCUGCAGUCGGCGUACUUUAAGCUGACGCUGCACCCGCUGCUGUCGUGGAACGUGAUUAUGCAAGGCACGCGGGACUGUAUGAACGUGCUGAGCUCACGAUGGUUCAAGAAUCUAGACCCGUCCGAGACGGAGCCCUGGCACCGUGCCUUUUGGGCGUGCUCCAUUAUGUCUGACGAACUCGAAGCGUCGCUGCGCAUGUACACGAUCGGUCACCGUCUAUACCAUGAGAUCGUGCCACUACCACAGUUUGAGAACGAGGAUACAGGAUUCUAUUACUUUCUCACACAGAUCAGCCUUCGCAAGCUCGUGUGCGACACUCUCGACGUUGUCGGCUAUCAUGACAGCCGUGUCAUCUAUGCCCCUGUGGUCACCAUCGAGCUGCGCAAGCAGGCUGCCGAGUGGCACCGCCACCUGCCUGUCGCUAUCCGCUUCCCACUCGAUAACACGCCCUUGUUUGACGCCCGCAAGUCGUUUCUUCGCAUGCAAUAUUUUUCUCUUGCCACAGUGCUCGGGUGGGCCUCGGUGCUCAAGGUCAUGGAUGUCUACGGCACCGACCGCGAAGACACGGACGACAUUGCACUCGCCUGCCUCGAGGCCUCAGAGUGCUUUCGCUCUUGUGCGCUGUACCUCGAAGUGGCGGCGGAGCAAGCUGGGCUGGCAGCUUGGGACGAGCAUCUCUCUGUGGACCGUGUCGAGGAUGACAAUGUUGGCGGAACGCAGUGGGAUCACGACAUGAGGGGCAGGUGCCGGGUGUGA